GGAGUGGACGCGCUUGAGCCACGAGCCUCGCGUGUCCGCGUGUCCGCGUGUCCCCGGGCCGAGGGGGUUGGAGGUGCAGGCCGCAGCCAAGUCACAGACGGACUUUGAUUUGCUUGUUUUCGACGGUUUAUUGCGCUGUGACCUGGAGAGCAGGAAGCUGCCCGGGCCGACUGGUCAGCGCCGGUCUCCCCUCUGAGCAGGGGCCCCGCAGGCCCAGCCUCCGGGAGGUGACCCCGAGGGGCCUGGGCCUGGCCGUCUGCGCCUGGCGUGGUCUGGGUGGCCUCGGGACCGCGAUGCUGGAGCUGCCCCCGGGCCGGGUGGACGUCCACGUUGCAGUGAGAACAGGGCUGGCCUCUGCUGACCAGUCCCGGGGAGCCUUGAAGGAGCUGCUGGCCGGUGGCCAGGGCUUCCUGGCGUGGGGGUCCCAGCGCUCAUGGCUGCAGCCAGCGUGACCCCCCCUGACUCCCUCGAGCUGCUGCAGCCCGGCUUCUCCACGAGCCUCCUGGGGACCAAGUUGGAGGCCAAGUACCUGUGCUCGGCCUGCAGGAACGUCCUGCGGAGGCCCUUCCAGGCCCAGUGCGGCCACCGCUACUGCUGCUUCUGCCUGACCAGCAUCCUCAGCUCAGGGCCUCAGAACUGUGCCGCCUGCGUCCAGGAGGGCAUCUACGAAGAAGGCGUCUCUAUCUUAGAGAGCACUUCAGCCUUUCCCGAUAAUGCGGCCCGCAGAGAGGUGGAGAGCCUGCCCGCCGUGUGUCCCAACGAAGGCUGCACCUGGAAGGGCACCCUGAAGGACUACGAGUCUGCCAACGAGGGACACUGCCUGUUCCUGCUGACCGAGUGCCCGGCCUGCAAAGGCCUGGUCCGCCUCGGCGAGAAGGAGCAGCACGCCGAGCACCAGUGCCCCGAGCGGAGCCUGAGCUGCCGGCACUGCCGGGCGCCCUGCGGCCGGGCAGACAUGGAGGCCCACCAUGAGGUCUGCCCCAAGUUCCCCUUGACGUGCGACGGAUGCGGCAGGAAGAAGAUCGCCCGGGAGAAGUUUCAGGACCACGUCAGGACGUGUGGCCGGUGCCGGGUGCCGUGCAGGUUCCACACGGUCGGCUGCUCCGAGGUGGUGGAGGUGGAGAAGCAGCAGGAGCACGAGGCGCAGCGGCUGCGGGAGCACCUGGCCCUGCUGCUGGGCUCCGUCCUGGACGCGAAGCCCCUGCUGGGCGAGCAGUGCCCGGCGGCGCCAGAGCUGCUGCAGCGCUGCGAGGCGCUGGAGCGCAAGACGGCCACCUUCGAGAACAUCGUGUGCGUCCUGAACCGCGAGGUGGAGAGGGUGGCCGUGACCGCCGAGGCCUGCGGCCGGCAGCACCGGCUGGACCAGGACAAGAUCGAGGCCCUGAGCAACAAGGUGUGCAGCAGGCUGGAGCGGAGCCUCGGCCUCAAGGACCUGGCCCUGGCUGACCUGGAGCAGAAGGUUCUGGAGAUGGAGGCGUCCACGCACGACGGGGUCCUCAUCUGGAAGAUCUCAGACUUCGCCAGGAAGCGCCAAGAGGCCGUGGCUGGCCGCACACCGGCCAUCUUCUCCCCAGCCUUCUACACCAGCAGGUACGGCUACAAGAUGUGUCUACGCAUCUACCUGAACGGUGACGGCACCGGCCGAGGGACGCACCUGUCGCUCUUCUUCGUGGUGAUGCGAGGCCCAAACGAUGCCCUCCUGCGGUGGCCUUUUAACCAGAAGGUGACCCUGAUGCUGCUGGACCAGAACAGCCGCGAGCACGUGAUCGACGCCUUCCGGCCGGACGUGACCUCGUCCUCCUUCCAGAGGCCGGUCAGUGACAUGAACAUCGCCAGCGGCUGCCCCCUCUUCUGCCCCGUCUCCAAGAUGGAGGCCAAGAACUCGUACGUGCGGGACGAUGCCAUCUUCAUCAAGGCCAUCGUGGACCUAACGGGGCUCUAGCUGCCUCCGUGGGCCAGGGAGGAGCCGCACCAGGGCAGGCCGGGCCGGGCGGGCUGCAGCCCUGCACGCUGUCCUCGGGUGGGCCUGGAUCCCGGCCCCAGUGCUGCCCAGUGAAGGGCGGGGCUCCCGAGCAGUCAGCUGCAGCCGAGGGUGGGGUCUCGUGGCUGCCGGCCACAGAGGGUCUGCUCCGUGGCACAGGGCCUCGUGGCUGCUCGCCACAGAGGAGGGGCUGCUCCGUGGGAUGAGGUCUCAUGGCUGCUGGCCACAGAGGAGGGGCUGCUCCGUGGGACGGGUCUCGUGGCUGCCGGCCACAGAGGAGGGGCUCCCAGCAGCUCCAUUCUGUGCUCGGGCCCUGGACGGCGGGGAGCAUUGUCAGAACCCUAGGUUGGUGUCCAGACGGGAGACCCUGGCUGGGAGUCCAGCAGGCCCGUGGGUGGGGCGGGGGUCCGGCCGUGGGCCGUCCCUGCUGGACGUGGUGUGUAGGGCGUGGCCCCGCCCCGUGGGAGUGCGCUUGUGCCCUGAGGAGCACUUGUCAUUAAACCGUUGACGUCUGA